GCAGCGCGGGGCUUUGCCGGCAAAGGCGCCGAGCGGGGCCGCGGGCGGGGGAUGAGCGAGCCCGCUCUCCGCGCUGACACUCGCUCCGGCCGGCGGGGCAGCGGCGGGGCCGCGGCCAUGAGGGUGAAGAAGGGCGGCGGGGCGGCGGCCGCGGGCCCCGAGGAGGAGCUGCUGCGGAAGCCGCUCAUCGGCCCCGAGGACGUGCUGGGGCUGCAGAAAAUCACGGGCGAUUAUUUGUGCACUCCUGAGGAAAACGUGUACAAGAUAGAUUUCACCAGGUUUAAAAUCCGAGACAUGGAGUCUGGCACGGUACUGUUUGAAAUCACCAAACCACCUGCCUCAGAACGUGAACAUGGUGAUAAAAAGGAUGUUGACCCUAAUGCCGGACGGUUUGUACGCUAUCAGUUCACCCCAGCUUUCCUUAGACUUCGGCAAGUUGGAGCCACGGUAGAGUUCACAGUGGGAGACAAGCCCAUUAAUAACUUCCGCAUGAUUGAGAGGCACUACUUCCGGGAUCAGCUGCUCAAGAGUUUUGAUUUUGAAUUUGGGUUCUGCAUCCCCAGCAGUAAAAACACUUGUGAACACAUCUAUGAAUUCCCACAGCUCUCGGAGGAUCUCAUUCGAGAGAUGAUCCUUCACCCCUAUGAGACACAGUCGGACAGUUUCUACUUUGUAGACAACAAGCUGGUGAUGCACAACAAGGCAGAUUAUUCGUACAGUGGAGGACCAUGAGUACCGAGUGGACAGCAGAGUUGUGCUGGCCUUUCCUUUCCUGUAGAAAUUGUCAGGGAUUCUACCACCUUCCUGCAGUUGACUUCCCAGGUCAGCUGAGCACAGGUCCAUGAACCAAGGACUCUUUGCUGUAGUAGGAGUUUCAUGACUAAACUUGUUAAAGUCUUUCAUCUUCCCUGAGCUUUGAAGCAGAACCCAGUCCUUCAAGAACUCUAAACACAGUUUUCCACUCCAGUGAGUGAUCUUUGGUCACCAGAGUCUGAGGCUCUUUAAAAGCUCUGUGUAAAAAUGGCCUGAUAUAUCAUCCAGUUAUUAUCAACCCAGGAAUUCUGUGCCCAAAUUCUCCAGAUCCAUGUUUUCAUUAUUAAGCAUCUCUUUGCACAAUUGCUGUCUCUUAGAAUGUGGGGUGGGAGAGCCUGUGAACAGGCAGAAGUCUAAUGCAAAUACAGAGAUGCAUAUCUUUAUCUGAUUCUGUUUAUGAAUGCUUCAAAGUUUUAAUCCUAACUUCGUUUCUACAUCCACCUAAAAAUGUCUUUCAUCCUGAGAAGCAAAAUCUAAGUGUGAUUUUUAGAGAGAGAGAGCGCGCCUCUCUAAAUCUAGAACUCAGCACAUGUUUUACCUCCACAUAACAUUUCCUGUAAGAUAUCUUGGAAACAAUGAAACUCACACUGAAGGACAGUAAUUCAAUGACGGGUCUGUCUUCAACCACCCUUUUUUUCUCCCACUGUUAGAAACCUAGUAUUGAGGGUCUGCAAGUCCCCACAAGCGUUGUCCUCUUUCAUUUCAGCUUCUGUGUUCUUUGCUGAAUCAUCCAGUCAAGAAGUAGAUAUGUUUUUAGUUUAGCUUGGCAUUAUCAGGCAGUUAAUGUUCAGCCUAUACCUGGUGUAAGCUUUUCUUCCCUGAAUCUAAUUUCUUCUUUAGCUGCCUGUAUAGAGAAGUGUACCAAGACAAGAUGCUUCAGUAUGGGUUGUCAGAGGGAAGUAGUUUCAUUUGUCCAAAGUGAUUAGAGUGAAUGGACUUCCUGCUUUUUCUUUUGUGUCUGAAUUUGAAGCAUUUUAUGGUCAAGUGUGUUUAUUUUUUCUUUUGUCCAGAAUUUUUUGGAUCAGCUAUUAAUUCCUCAGAGACCAUAAGUUUGACACUGUGCAUCUACGGUCAGUGUACAACGCACGUUAUCCAAAAUGAUGGCUCCACUUCCAGUCCAGUAUAAGGAGUUUAAGAACUGUUUUGCACAAGUUUCUCAUAGUAUGCUGCUCUUUGGAGCAGGGAAGUGGAGGGGAGAGGCAAAAGCAAGCUAAUAAAUCACAGAGAAAAUCUGCUGUACUGUACAUUAGAAUAAAUGAAAAUCAAUGAAAAGGUCCAAAAUGAAUAGAAGCAAAGGACAAAAGCUUUCUUCCUUUUAUUUGCAGGUGACUUAUGGUCAUGAAACCCUCACUCAAAGAAUUUGGUUCACUGGUAUCAGAAAAAUUAAGCUUUGCAGGUUAUAGCUAUUUCUAUAAAUACGUUGUCUUCAUGUCUAAUUCUGUGAGUUAAAUGGAACAUUAUACGUUAGCCUCAGACAAGUGUGAUUGUAAUUUUUUAAAAUACCAUUUCCAGUUGUUACUAAUACAUUUCCUCCAGUCCCAGCCUAAUCAACCAAGAAAAUUGCAAACCAUUCCAAAUGUAGCCAUCCAUCAUCUGAAAAGGGAGGCCUUCACUGUUUGCACUUGGUUGGCUUGUUUUUUACGUUUGACAGUUGAUUGUUUUCUGAGGCAACUGCAGCAGGUUGGGACACAACACAGAUUAUUUUUAGUUUAAAAAAUUAACUGUAGCCAAAGUGUGUGAACACAGUUCACUGCUAUAACAAAACAGCAAAUACUACCCAGAUGAGACCUGUCGUCAUCACUACUUUUUUGUACUGUAUCUAACUACAAAAUCAGCCCAGGGCUGACUUGUCCAUUUUAAGAUGGUUACAAGGAGUUUUUCCCAAUUAUUUUUAUAUUCGUCUAGUCAACCAUGUAUCAUAGCACAAUGAAUCAUCCAAAAAUGAUAAAUAGUUUACAAAAAAAGACAAGUUAAAAUUGUUUUGUUUUUGUUUUGUUUUUUGCAUCAGGGCUGUUAAACUGUUUUGCAAAUCAAGAGACUUUCCAAACUCAUGGAAAUAUUGAACAGCUUUUGAAAUAGUCAAUAUGUAUUAAUAUAUAAGAAAAUACAUCAUUAUUUGGAGACCGUAGAGUGUUUUUAGCCAUUACGCCAUAUACUUUCCCUUGUACUAAUAUCUUCCAUCGCUCAUUCAUUGUCCAUAUUAACCACUUUUGUGCUUAAUAAUUAUAACAGCUACAUUCGGCAAGUGUGCCUGCCCAGCAUUGCCAGACAUGCAUGUUCCAGGAGCAGUGAGUUAAACUGUCACUAUCUUAUAACAUCUCAGUCCAAUGCUGUGAGAGUGGUAUCAGUUCCAUGUCCUCUUUUAGCCCAUCUUUUCAUUUAUUGGGUUGCCAUCUCAAGGAUCCUCUUGGUAUGUGAUUUUGUAACAAGACAAUUGGGAAACACUCAAAUUCAUUAGUCCCCAGUUCCUUUUUACACUUUUUGUUCUACCUCUUGUUGCUGUUUUUAAAGAUUCCCUUGAAGUGUUAGUUGAUUAUAGGAUUAAAGAUAUUAUAUCUUUUGAAAUGGGAAGUGGCUAAACAAAGUAUGCUGGAGAAAAGGUACUUCGUUCCCAGAAGUGCAAUAAGUUACAGAAUGAGAUUCUUGGUACACUGCAUUUUAUUGCAAGUGGAAGUUAAGCAUAAAAAAGAAUGAAAUAUUCACAACUGGAUUCUGGGACUAGUUUGGCAAACUGUGAUCACGACCCGUAUUCGGGGGGAGUUAUAUUUUCAGACUAGAAAAAAAAUCCAAUCAUGAUUUAUGUAGAAAUGUUUAACAGCUAGUUAGUUUGUCCAGUCCUAUAAAUAAAAAUGCUGAUAUCCUUUAAAACAGAAGAGAGAAAUUUUCAGCCAUUUAAUGGAGUAAUUUACUAGAUCAUCUUUUGGCUUUGUGUUUUCAGUGGCUGCUUUAUAAGUUAUUCUUUUCAAAAAUUAAAUGUAGAAAAAAACUGUCAAAGUGCUAAUAUUACAAGACAGCCUGUGAUGCAUUUAUGAACUCUUUAGACCAGUAUGAAGCUUUCUCUAAAAGUGUUAUGAAGACAGAAUUUUAUAGUCCAUUGUAACUGUCAUUCUGUAGUUGCAGUUUUUCAUCUAGAGAGCUGUAUGCUGUCAUAAAUUGUUUCCAACUUUUAAAUCUAAGUUUAAUACAAAAAGAAAAAGGAAGGCCUUGGAUAAUGGACAGGUUCCAUUUCUACUCUGGCUGCUCAUGCAGAAAUAUGCUGUGUAAUAUUGAUGCAACAUCCAUUGAAUCAUACUGCACAUGAUAUCUGUGAAAUACGCAUGAAAAAUCUCAUAGGAACUUUUCCAAUAUAUUCAUAGUUUUAGUGCCAUUUCAUGAGGAAAUUAAUUUUUUCCUUCUUCUGGGGCUUAUUUUGUAACAAACGUCUAAUGUUUCCUCUGAUCUUAAGAUGGGUCACUUUUUUGAGAUAUGAAGGAGCAGAGUUACCCAUGAAAGAAACUGGCUAUAAGAGACCAUUUUAAAACCAAAUGCUUAUAAAAUGCCUUCAACUACCAUUGGUUUGAAUGGGAAUUAAAAGCACUUGGCACCCUUCUAGAAUCAGGCCCAUGACUUCGUUUUAAAAUUGGUACCUUAUUUUUGGCAAAAGGUAGAAUUGCAAUUAAAAAAAAUUUUCAUUCUUGUUCCCAGAAGGCUCUUAGUUACUUUCCAUGUAGCUGUUACUCUGGGUUUACCUUUGUGUCCAGGCUCUGAAAUCCUAGCUUUCCCGAUGGGUAUUGCAUUCACUUUACACCCAGCAGGUCAAGCCAAGACAGUACACGUUAAAAUUGGGGUGUUCUUGUUACCCUCUUGCACCCUCUUCCCCCAGCCCCACAUAUGAUUUUAAUAGCCAUUGUCUCGAGAAUUCCAUAUAUGCCUGUACCAUUUGAGAGUCUGGGACCCUAGUCUGCAAUGGUAUAAAGGAUUAUCUCUAACGUUUAUUGAUUUGUAAGCCACUGGCUAUUAAAUGUUGGAACUGAAGUGAGAUGAAAAGAGCAAGAGGGUAAUCAAGAUGACCAACUUUUAGAGAUUAGAUGUUCCUUAUUACUAAUAUAUUUAUCAUGUCUUUUAUUAUUUGUUGAAUUAACUUUGUAAAACCCUUAGUACUCUCUGGGAACACGUUAUUAUUUUACCUCCACGAUGGUUCACUUAAGUGAAGUUUGAUGCUGUUGGAGUUGCUAACAUUCAUAGACUUUAAGGCCAGAAGGGACCCUCAAUCGUCUAAUCAGACCUCCACUGACACAACUCUUCUUUAAUAAGGAAAUAAAUUGUCUCAAUGUAGUUAUUGUAAGUGGACAAAACAUUGGACUUUAUCUCUUUUCUAGGUCUUUAUAAUUUAAGUUCCUUGGAAAUAUAGGGAGAUUUUCAAAUAGUUAAUUCAACAGCAAAAAUAACUUAAUUUAAUACCUAUACUGUAUGGUCCAAUAUUUCACAGAUAGCUAUACUAGAAACAUAUUGUUGGAACAGGACAAAUGCUUUCAAGACCAAUACAUUUUUACAUGCUCUGGCCUUGGACCAAUGAUCAUAAAGAGAAAAGAUUCCUGCAGAUAUAGUAUAUGUCCUUUAUGUAGUGAGAUGGUUUGUGCACUAAUUGACUAUUCCAUUAUUAUCGUGGACUGGGGAGGAUUUUUGAGUCUGAUUAAAUGUAGGUAGUCUCUUCAUUUCAAGAUUAAAAACAAGAUGUUAAGUUAAUGUUCUUGUUCACAAUCUCUUUUGUAAUAAAGUUUUGUUGUAUGAACAGAUCAGUAAGAUGGAACUGCUUGGCUGGUCUGUCAGCCAUUUGGGUCACAUUGAAAAUGCUCGUACAGGGUAGCAAAAGUACAAACUGCAGCUGCACAUAUCUUUAAUAUAGAGAUACAGGCUAAAAGUCCCAACAUGCAAAGCUUCAUCUUAAUCCAUACUAUCUACUCACUUGCAUCAAGGAUGGAGCACUGUGCGUCAGUACCUGGUCUCCAUGGGUCAAACCUUUGUUAAAGAAGAAAGCAAGUGCAACAUGCUCCAGGUUAUGUUGGUUAAAUGCAACCCUUGGGCUCAGGGAAGUGGCCAGUGCUGCCCUUGGUUGUAAAGUUUGAACACCCUGUACUAUUAUAAAAGACUGUUGAAGGGUGUGUGUGUCUAUUAAACUAUCCUCUUAGAUUGUGAACACUUGGGGGUAGGAACUGUUUGUUUUGUUUGAACAGCACCUGUCAUUUAGUUGGUGCUCCUGACAUUCAACCUCCAUGCCUCGUGUGUAUUGUAAGACUAACCUGUUAAUAAAUAUGUCAUCUCUGUGAGAAGUUGUUGGCAAAUAGCUCCAGUUAACCAGGUCUGACUAGGAGCUGGAUUCCAGGAACAAGUGCUACCACUUGAAAGAAACAGAAGUGGAACAACUGAGAAACUACAUGGUAGAUUUUGGUUAACUGGGGCUAAGAACUAUAAAGUCCUGACAGCUUUAAAUGUUUUUCUGUUAAAUGAAAACCUUAGCUCAUAGCUUCUGUUAGCAAUUGUUUUUCUAAACCCCAAAUGUAAGUACUAGUGAAGUUUACAUAAAUGUUUUAAUUUUAAAAUCAGAUUUAUUCUUAAAAUUCUGACAGCUAUAUAUCAACAUGCAAACACAAGAGUGAUAUGAUGGUCAUGAAAUGCCAGAUGCAUUAUCUUCUGAAUCAUGGCAUAGUCUAAACAGAUGGUACUGUAUAUUUGUAGAUCCAUUUAUAUGAUUUAGUGAACUUCCCUAGAAUCACUGUGCUAAUGCCUACUGUAAUGUCUGCUUUUACUUUAAUGCUACACUGAGAAUACCUAUCUGAAUGUGACUUUUCUGCAUAAAAUCAGAUUGGAUUGUCUGUAUUAAAAUAUAUGUAUUUAUAAAAUAAAAAUAUAUUUUUGGUGGAAGGAAAGUAAAAAUCUAGGGAUAAUUCCAUUGGGAUAACCUUAGCAACAUUUUUAUCAAGUUUUAUUUUAUAAAUGUUUGUAUCUUGUUAGUUGUCUAACUUCAGUUUCCAGUAAGAACAUCCACUGUAGCUCACUUAGUGGAAAUACAUUGCACUGCCAUGCAGAGAACCUGGGGUUGGAAGAAUUAGGAUUGUUUUUCCUUCUGGAAUUGAGGGAAACUGAGCAAGUUGCCAUGGAGAACAUAAACCCUGGCAGUCAAUCCAUCUGACUGGCAUUGGUUUGAGCACUUGGUUUGCUUUAUUUGGUCUCUCUAUAGGGGGUAGGAGUGUAGAUGUUAAAAGUAAUGAACACAAGGAGUCCAAAUAGUGAGUACAUACACUCACGCAAAACUAUUUAAUAUUGCCGGUCCAGUCAUCAGUAUUUACAGGUUAGGGAAUAUGCUUAAAUAUUUCCAUUAUUUUGGAAAAGGGGUUAAAAUAUGUAUCUUUCAUUAGCAAGUAUUUUGUUUCCUGUAACAAACUGCAAAAUGUUUAAAAAAAUUAAAAGUAAAUUAUUGAUCCUAAAAAUGGUGGUUUGUUUGUUUG